GUCUGUCCGUUGAAACCACCGUAACCGCUUAAAUUUUAAACUUAAUCUAACCUAAAGUGAAUGUUUCAAUAAGCAUUUGAACUACUGCCUAACCUUAACGUUUAGUGUCUGGUUUGAUUAAGUAAACAAAUUAAUUUACUUGGAUUAUGGAUUACUUCGUAGUGAAAAAGGAGUGCAAGUAUUGUCACAAACCACUUGAACUUUGUAGAGAUGAAGGUCUUAUGUGUUCAGUGUGCAAUAAACAUAUACAUGUGAAGUGUUUAAAGAGGGGCUCAACACCUGGUGGACUUUAUGGAGACCUAUUUUUCUCGUUAAUUUGCCAAGAGUGUUCGUCGAAUAAUACGGAGACCUUCUGUAGAAACAAAAUGUCCUGGCUACAAGUUAUUAAUUUGGUGUUGUACCACUUACAAAAUAAAAGUCCUGGCCUUGCCAGGAAAGGCUUCUUCCAUUGGAGGAAUCAUGUUGCUACUUUUGUUGAUAAGAAUUGGGAAAUAUUAUUUUCAAGUGAUGUGAAAAAGAAGAAAAAAUGGACUGGUACCAUAGCUGGAACAUUGUCACAUUUCAGUAGUUUUGGCAUAUUUUUAUCAGGAAGUCUGGUAUUUAAUGAACCAGCAUGGUGGACUAUAAAUUAUCCAAAAUUGAGCCCAAUUGUACUUUCUAACAUAUAUGCAAUUUUAAGUUUGGACAGACAAAAGGCAAAGCUUAAUCAUGAAAAGAAAUUGAAAACUGAUGCAGAGAUGUUCCAAGAAGUGUUACAAAAAUGUAUAUCAGAUGAGGAAUUGAUACAGCCAUUUAAUGUAACAAAUAUACAUGCUGAAGUCAAGGAAGAACAUGUUCCUGUGCCAAAACCCCUUCCUGUACCACCCAUCAGAAACUCUGUAUCAAGAAAAAGGACACAAAUUAUCCCUUCAAUUGACAGUAAUUCCAAAAAGAUUUUAAAAUUGUCGCAUUCCGCAAUUUUAUCAGAUGAUUUAACCAGUCAGUUCAGCAUUACAGAAACCAAAGUUCAAUCUUCCUCUAAGCCAACUGUAAAAGUUAAAGAAGAGCCAAAAGAAAGUAUUAAACUGCUUGAUCCAUUUUGCCAUUACAAUACUUCAAUUAAAAAUUUUUCACGUUUAAAGUCGGAACAACUUUUGGUAAAACUGAUAGGUGGAAUAAGACAAGAAUUGAUAUUGUCCCCCUACAGUGGCAUUUACCUAAAACCUUACAUAAGAAGGGACACUACAGUAUUCCCUCAGUGGUUGAAACUGAUGGCAGAAUUGCAGUUAAAAGUCAACAAAAAAGAUGAAAAUUAUGUACUGCCACCAAGAGAACCAUUGGACUACACAUAUGUGCAGCCAGAACACAUACCUGCUAUCAACAGUUUAUGCAAUCAGUUUUUUUGGCCUGGCAUUGAUUUGACAGAAAGUUUGCAGUAUCCUGAUUUUAGUUGUGUGGUAUUGUACAAAAAGUUGAUUGUGGCAUUCGCCUUUUUGGUACCAGACGUAAAACACAUAGAGAACUAUAUUUCGUUUGUGUUCACCAGACCUGGAUGGAGGAACUGUGGUAUAGCAAAAUUCAUGAUAUAUCAUCUCAUUCAAACCAGUUUGGGCAAGGACAUUACACUUCAUGUUUCUGUCAACAGUCCUGCACUGUUAUUAUAUCAGAAAUUCGGAUUUAAAGUGGAACAAUUUGUCGUUAAUUUCUACGAUAAAUAUUACAGAAACGAUGUUAAGGAAUCCAAGCAUGCAUUUUUUUGUAGACUGGAAAGAUGAAUUUGUUACUUCAUAUUACAAAUCUGUGAUAUUAAGUAACAGUUUGAUAACUCAGCCUGGUGAGUAAGAAAUUGGUUAUCAAACUCUUAAGCCUCAUGAAUUAAGUGCUAUUAUGCAAAAUAUAGGCCAUAUACAUGGAUAUGUAAAAUGUAUAUAAAAAUAAAUUUGAUAUAAAUAAAAAUUGAGUAAUACUUG